AUGGUCCUGGAGCUUUGGAGGGGAAAUCCUCAGGCGCUUGUGUCUGGACAAUCCAGACGUGCCAAGGGUCCUCUUACCAGAGUUAUGUAUAGCAGCUCUUACAGCUUUGAACAUUCAAGGUUUUGGGGAAGAUUUGUGGCUCGGGCUGUUGAUGCAGUUGUUGAUUUGCUUGUCAAGCUGACUGUGGCUGUGCACAAAGUAGCAAUUAAAGCUGCCACAAUGUUUGCAGCAAAUGAAGGUGGGGUCACUGUAUCUGCACUACAAGAGCCCUUUUUAUAUCAUUUUAGAUAUUUUGUAAUCAACCCGUGGAGAGAGAUUCUUGUAUGCCUCUGGAACAGUUGGGACUUGAACCCAGUCCUCCUUCUCAGAGGAGGAAUCCUCAGUACCAGUGAGAAAAAUCAUACCAAGCAAGACGCAAUCCUCAAAAAGAACAGAAGCCAUCUCCCAGGCCAUAGUGGAGCAGACAGAACUGUGCAGGUAGAGGAGUGCCUGACGUUAGACUCCUUAUCUCAAAAAAGGAAAGGAACCUGUCCCCUUUGGAGAAUGACCAGGACCAUUCCUGAGGGAAUGCUGAAAAAUAUCCAUAUCCCAUUCACCAAGGCAAAUGCAAGAAUGCCAUUUUGAAGAAUAAGGAAGUUUUCUAAACUUGUAUCAAACCCUUGCUGGAAGACUUGAGCCCCAAAGAAACAAACAUCUUGUCAUUAGAAACAGUUGUCUGCCAUCACGCUUUGCUUCCUGCCUCUCAGUCAAUUUUAGGUCUGACAAAUCACUUUGCCUUGGAUCUUAUGGACUGGUACAUUUUUGUGCAGUUUGCCACAAAUGAUUUAACCAACAGCCUUGUUGAA